CAAAUGUCAGUCAUAACGUUAUCUGCGGGGCCAAAAUAGAAUCCACUCACUGAUGAGCUCGUUUGUGACGUAUUUAAGGUUUGUCUCCUCCAACUUGUCCUGUUUUUCUCACAAAGCCAAUAUUAACCAGCCUUUGCUAAUACGAUCGACCACUACUCGGCGCGCCGAACCAUUAUGCCGCUCACUUCUAUUACCAUUAUCAUCGCUCCCUACCAUGUAGGACUUUACGACCACCGUGUUGGCGGCGGCCCUCUCCGCAUCAUGUCCCACGGUAUUGAUAAAGAGCUCUCUAAAUUGGCGCCUGUAUCCUUCAUCAACAUUGGCCCCGUUGACGAAUUCGAGGGUGAGAUUGGUCGAACAUUUGAGAUCCUCCGCCGUAUUUCGAACGCCGUGUCUAAAGCCGUCUCAAAUAACUCGUUCCCCUUGGUUCUUUCCGGAAACUGCUACGCCAGCACCGCGACAAUGGCUGGCCUUAACCAAGCAAGACCUACCUCAUCCACCGCUAAGACUGGGGUAUUAUGGCUCGACGCCCACGACGACCUUGACACUCCCUCAACACACGAAAAUGGCUACCUCGAUGCCAUGGCCGCUUCGAUGAUGACCGGCACCAGCUGGCAUACUUUGAUGAAGACUGUGCCCGGUCACCAACCCGUUGAUGUGAAACGCAUGAUAUAUUGUGGGCUGCGAGACGUUUCGGAGAUCCAACGCGAGACAGUCAAAGAUGCUGGAAUUGAUGUCAUUUGGGGUGAUGCGAAUAAGAAGGUGGAUUUUACAUCUGCUCUGGCUGAGACUUUAGACAGAAGGGAUGACAUUCAGGAAGCACACAUCCACUUCGACUUGGAUGUUCUCGAUGACUCUCUGGGCCGUGUUAAUGAGUUCCCUUCGCCUGGCGGCUUUCUACCCAAGGAUGUUAUGGGUUUGAUGGAUAUGAUACCCACCAAGAUUAACCCAACUUCGCUAGUCGUUUGCUCCUUUAAUCCGCGCUUAGAAGGAGGAGAUACAGUAGCCAGGCUUGCUUGCCAGGCUAUUUAUCGACUUCGAGAAAAGGGGUAUAACUCGGGUGUUUAA